ACACCCGUUAUGACAAUGGCGAACGUGAGAAUGUAAGCGAUAAUCAACAUGAGCUUCUCAAACCUCCGCACCCAAACCAUCGCCGCUUCUGACCCCGUAUCAAUGGCAGGAGGUUCGGCCUACCAUAAAACGCAGUUGAAGUGAAACGUCAUUGUACUCAGCAUUCACGGGGUGAACGACUUCCUACGGAACCACCAACCAUCGACCACUCUCGUGCAUGCGCUGCUACGUACGGCAUGUAUAAUAGUACUGAAUCUACCUACGUACGUAUAUGGUCAGCCGUACGUAGACACAUGCACCAUCGUUCGUUUCUCGGCAAGAAAGUGGACUUGAACAAUGCGGUGUUUUGAUUCGAAAAUAACGUUUUGGGAGAGGAGAGGUGCUGAGAAAGUCCGAGUGCUGGUCAGUUCUUCACCAUGAAGCCUGGAACAUGGUUCACGUCAGACACGAUCAAGAUCACUAUUUCAUUGGUGCUUCUCACCAAUGUAUUGUCAAUCGUCUAUUUCUUCACAUCCGAGUCCUCUCCGGGAGAUCGGGUCAUGGAACCAUCGGAGAGGUUGUCCCGCGGCGAGAGAUUUGUGUCAUCAUCCACUGAAGAUCGGGUGAUCCACAUCGUCAAGGAAAAAUCCUUCGAUUGGCACGAGCACGAGUUCCACACCGGAUUUGACGAGUGUCCGCAUUUUCGGAAUUGCCGGGUCCAAACCCAUUAUAUCACGAACCAAUCGGUUCCCCUCUCAAUCCCUCACAAGGGAGAUGCUGUUGUGUUCACAGUUCAAGCUGCCAAUUUGCAGAGGGAUCCCUCUUGGUGGACUAGAGCGGCGGACAAGCGUUCCAAAGACCUCGCGUGGGUUCUUUUUUCCCAACGAAAUCCUUAUGAGUUUCCGUUGAGCUUUAUGACCUUUCGGAAUUACGGGUUUAACUUUACCAUGACCUACAAGCCAAAUUCGGACAUCUUUACUCCGUUCAAUUUCUGGUUGUCUGAAGGCAAUCCCAGUCCACGGAUGGUUCGGAAAAACUUUGCCCAAGGCAAGACCCGGAAGGUCCUUUGGUUGAUUGAUGGUCCCUGUCACUCGAUUAAUAACCGAAUGAAGUAUGCCAAGGAUUUGAGCCAGAACAUUGCCUUGGAUAUCAUUGGUCAUUGCUAUGAUCAAAGCGGAAAGGUCCAUCAAGUGGACCACAGUACUCAUAACAACGAAGGCCGUCGCGGGGUCAUAAGCGAUUAUAAGUUCGUCUUGGCCUUUGAAGAGAUUAGUUGUCGUGAUUACGUCACGACAACUUACUUUGACGUCGCUCAAAUGCAAUCGGUUAUCCCUAUAGUGAUGGGUGCCCAAAAGGAGGCCUACGAAAUCUUGGGCCCCUUGGAUUCGUUCAUUCACAUUGACGAUUUCAAAGGCCCACAAGAGUUGGCCAAUUAUUUGCACGAAUUGGAUUUAAACGACCAUAAUUAUAACCAAUUCUUUCGUUUCGUGGACACUGGGGAGUUCCAGUUCCCGAUCACCACCAUGUGUCGACUGUGCGAUCACAUCAAUUACUUCAAAGAGUCGGGUUACCAACAGUUCUACACCAAGGAUCAAUUUGAAGAGUUCUGGACCUCGGACGAUUGCAAUUUGAACAGUCUGUUCCUGGGUGACGAUUCCAGUGGAAACAGUGUUCCAUAGAGUUUCGACUUGGACUGGGCAUUUUCACCCAAGGAUUCUGGUGUUCGAUUCGAAGUAAAUUUGAUGCUUUCAAAGCCUUGUCCGAUGUUGAACCUUCGGUCAGAUGUGAUAUUAUCUUGAUGCUAAGAAGAAUAAAUGAGUUGUACCGUUA